UCCUACUUGCAUCCCGGGUUUGGGAAAGAAAGAAAAACAAGGCAUGAAACAACAACAACAACAACAUCACUGCCCACACCAUCUAUUUUUCUAUUCUCUUCACCAUUUAUAUACAAUGAAAUUCUAGCUCAACCUUCUUCUUCUGGAGCAUUUCCGAUUUCGGACACAAAGCAUCAUCAACCUUUCACUGUUCUGGUCUAGAAGAGAUGCCUUCUUGAAGACAGCAUCUUUCAGGAUAGUAUGGCUUUAAUAUCAAUUUUGAAGGAGUUUAAUACCUUACCCUAUUCGUUGCUUCCUUGAAAUUUAUAUUGGCAUUGCGGCACUGGAAAUUCUUCUGAACAACCUAACUGACGAAGGGCCUCUCUAUAAUUUGUGCUACCAUGUCAAUAUUGGCUAGACUGCGCUGUGUCACUGUAGAUGUUACCGGCACCCUAAUGGCUUACAAAGGGGAGCUUGGUGACUAUUAUUGCAUGGCCGCUAAAGCUGCUGGCCAUCCGUGCCCAGACUACAAACGUGUACAUGAGGGAUUUAAGCUUGCAUAUAAGGACAUGGCAAAGAAGUAUCCCUGUUUCGGGUUUGGAGCCAAAAUGCCGAACAUUGUGUGGUGGAAAACCUGCGUGCGUGAUUCUUUUGUCAGGGCUGGAUAUGAAUAUGAUGAGGAAACAUUUGAGAAAAUUUUCAGACGCAUAUAUGCAUCUUUUGGGUCAUCUGCUCCUUAUACUGUCUUUCCGGACUCCCGACCAUUUCUUAGAUGGCUUCGUGGAAAGGGUGUCAAAGUUGGCCUCGUGAGCAAUGCAGAGUAUCGAUAUCCAGAUGUGAUUCUUCCAGCUAUGGGUAUAAAUGAGGGAUCUGAGUGGGACUUUGGCGUGUUUUCUGGUCUUGAAGGCGUUGAGAAGCCAAACCCAAAAAUUUAUGAGAUUGCACUUGAGAGGGCUGGAAAUAUUAAACCUGAAGAAACUUUGCAUAUUGGCGAUAGCAUGCGGAAAGACUAUGAGCCAGCUAAGAGCAUAGGGAUGCAUGCACUAUUGUUGGACAGAUUCAAGACACCAGAUGCUGAUGAGUGGAGGAAAUCUGGGGCAGUUGUUCUUCCCGAUUUGGAGGCAACACAAGAAUGGCUUUCUUCAGAAAAGUCAUCUUGGUAGAGGCUCUAUCUUUGGUGAGGUAGUAUAUUUAUGAAUAAUUUUCCCCCUCUAAUGGUUUAACUGUGACCUGUGACAUUCCAGUGGGUGUCGCAAUUGCAUGUGUCUGAAAUCUGAAUAUUGCUCUGUUCAGCCAUGCUUCAGAAUCUGUUAUGGUUGUUAAGAGUGAUGUAGCUCAAAUAUACCUUUGUAAUACAAAUAUAUUCAAAGGUUACUUUCUCUUC